GGCCGGCGCUGAGCUCAUCAGCUUUUGUGCCAGUGCUCCGGGAGCAAGAAGGUGCCUUACAGCAAGAACCUGGUGCUGAGAUAUUUCAGUACCCCUUGGACUCCGUUUCUGUCCUAACAUGGAGGUGGUUCAAUCAGCCUCUAAAGAAUUCACUAGCGCUGAGAAAUCCUUCAAGAAAAUACCCAGCGUCCUUCUGGACAGCCUAGUGGAGGAACCUAAGAAAAGACAUGCUGUCCCCAAUCACCUGCUGGAAUCAAAGAUUUAUUCAAAACUUCAGAGGAAUGAAGUCAUACAGGCUGAGCCUGCUGUGUUACACUACGGAGGGUAUGAAAUUGGAAAACAUCACCAACAGACGCUAAAGCUGAUAAAUAUUUCUGGUGAUGUAAUAAACCUUCACAUUAUACCACCGCAGACAAAAUAUUUUCAGAUCAAAUACAACAAAACACACCGGCUUGUCCCUGGCUUGUCAUUUGUGGUUACUGUUGAUUUUUGUCCUGAUGAGUGGCGGUACUACUAUGACUGCAUCCGAAUUCACUGCCAGGGAGAAGAUACAUUACUCGUUCCUGUGCACGCCUACCCUGCUGUAAAUGUUGUAGAAUUCCCAUCAUUUAUAAAUCUGUCUGAUGUAUCAGUUGGUCAGAGUAAGGAAUAUGUUAUACCUUUGCAGUGCAGCUGUCCAAUAGAUUUUGAAUUCCACAUUGAUUUCAUUCAGCGUGACAAAGCCUUCACCGUCCAGCCAACAUUUGGAAUCAUUCCAGGCAAUGGGAAAGUGGAAGUAACUGUGAAAUAUUCUCCACUUCAGUAUGGAACAGCACACAUGAAAAUGCAGUUGUGGAUUUCACAGUUUCUCUCAAAACCCUAUGUAUGUGUGUUCACAGGAACAUCAACACCCCAUCUGGGUCUAAUAAAAGAAGAACUGGAAAAACAAAGAAGUCCUUCAAAGAAAAAAGCUGUGCCUGCAGGGAGAUCACUGGUGUGGAGAAGAGACCAGUCCAGCCAAACACGAUCCAGGCCUAUUGAAAAAGUAAAGGAAAUUGAGUACCAAAACCUCAGGUUCCCCACAGACUUGUCAAAUCCAUAUGCUGUGGCAACUGUUUUGAAUCAGGAACCAGGCAAACUGAAGAUUAAGGACUUGAAAGAAGUCCUUCGCCAAGGCAAUGAAGGGACAAAAACAAGACAGAUGAAGGAAGCUGUAUUUGAACUGAAAGUUAAACAAGCUGUGCAGGAAGAGGAAGCAAAUCAUCUGAAGUGGCAAGUUCAUAAAGGCAAAGAUCCAAUGUCCAUGAAAUUUAAAAAAGAGAUUAUUGAAAAUCGACAGAGGGAAGAUGAACAGUACAAGAUCCAAAGAGGAGAUCCUAUCAUAGAAAAGGAGUUUCAAAGGAACAAAGUAGAAGUUUCUUUCAGACGUGUUAUCCGGCCUGUUGAGCAGCGUCCAAGUGUCCAUCCCACAUUUGACUUGCUCCGUAAUGACCUUUGGGACAAGAGAAACAGGAUGUUGAGGAAAUUCCAACAAGCAGCUUACAAGAUUCUGAUUCAGAUUCGGCUAAAUCGUUUGCUGCUUUUGUUCCGUGGGCUAAACAGAGAAGCAAGAGGGUUGGAGGAAAGCUCUGCGUCUGAAAACAGGAGUUUCAGCAAACCAGAGAAAGCUGAAGAGUGUAAGGGCAUUUCUUCCAACAUAUCUGAAGAUCGUAUCUUACCUUUUGAAUUCCCCACUGACAGUUCCCUCCAGCUGCGCAGUGAUUUGGCACCUGAUGCUCUUGGCCUAGUUCCUGUCACAUCUGCAGACAUAAAAGUGAGACACAUUCUUCCCUAUUAUGACUUGAAGGUUCCUCAGCAUUUCAGCAUUAUGAGGUACCAGCCGUUUUGUACACACCAUGCAGCCACAAGUUACAAACCCCAAAAACUUUCCCGACCGCUGAAGCAGGGAGCCCAGGAUGAAUUGAUUCAGGUAGUUGCUUCUCCUGAGAGACAGCUUAACUUGACCUCCCAGAAGAUGGAUUUUCACACACAAUCUUCAGAAGAAGUAGCAGAAAGGGACAUCAGCCUAUUAAAAUUGGUUCCUCCCCAAGCUUUAGUCCACCACCCUGAGAGCAGCCCACUUCGUAUUUUUAACCCCACUCCAGGAUUAUUUCCAGUUUUACCUCCUUUGCCAUAUUCUGAAACAAAUAUUGAAUAUCAUCUUUGUCCUCAUCCAAAAUACACCUUUACCAAGGAAUGCCCCAAAGGAUCCAGCAUUCCAAUCACACAGAAGAAAUUUCUGCAUCACACGGAAGUGAUUCGUGGUGUAAUGAGCUGGAGAAGAUUCUUACCGGUGGUGUAUUCCACCUUUUCUAAUGCUCCCACAUUGACAAGUACAACAACAUCAAGGGAUCCUUACAGUUUGGAUAUGCUUCCGAGAGAUGUACCACCAAUGCUGGAUGACUUACCUGAGAGAGACAGGGAAAAUAUAAAUGACUAUGAGAUAGAUGAAACUGAGUUCAAAGUGAUGCUUACUCCAGACAUGAUACGAGCUGAAUUUCCACAAGUUGGACAGGUGCUCUCAGAAGAAGGCCAAGAGAAAUCAGUAAAAGAAGAAAGUGAUACAGGGCUGGAUGGUGCUUUUUCUGGAGACCCACACAACCAUCCAGAUGGACAUUUUCAGCCCCAGGACGAGAGGCUAAGGGAGAAGAUUCAAAAACAUGUGGAGAAAAUGAAGCUGAAAGCAAUUAAUAAAACUCUCAUUCUGGAAUAAGAGUAAUUUUAUGAAAUCCAUGUUUUUUUACUACUUAUCCUGUUAAUGCUUGAGGCCUCCUGUGUCACAACUAUGUGAACUUGCAUUCAGUGAGGUCAGCAACGUCAGUUGUGCAAAGAGAAAUGAAGCACCAGUAGUGCCAUCUCUGCCAAGGACUUUCACUGUGUAUGUUGCCCCAAAUAUAGUAAUUGCUGCGAUGGGAUUCCUCAGCAAUGUUCCUGCUAAUUUUUUACUGGUGUGAAGUAAAAUGUGAAUAGAUUGAUUAUUGGAAUACAGUCCACUCUUUUCAAAUAAAGAGCGAAAAGUCCUCAUGACCAAAUUGUUCAGAUUUUGGGUUUUAGUUAUGGCCUAUCUUUGAAUUUUUGCAGGUAAGUCACUAAGUCUCUGCCUUGACUGUAAAUCGUGCACUUGAGUUUGUUAGUGGAAGAGAAGACCUGAACACUGUGUUACUGUCCAGAAAGAUAAUGUCCAAGCAGAUUUCAUUACCUGUUCAGGGGUUAAUGCAAUGAACAGCUCUCUUGCCAAAAGGGGAUGUGGAUCAGGGUGACAAAGGAGAGCUUCAGAGCCCCGUAAGGGGCCUAUGAUGCACAAGGUGUAUUCCUUAGGAAAGGAGACUACUAAGCAUAUCACCUUUCAGCUAAGAUAUUACCUACUUUCCUGUGGGUAGGCUGGCUGUCAGACAAACUUGGUUCUAUCUGUGGGGAGCUGGUGACUCAUUUUGAAGAAUGGUCCAGGCUAUUUGUGCUGAAAAGCAUAAAUCUUCUGUGCUAAAAGGUAUGGAAAAUACAGCAAUACAUAUUGCGUCCCUAGGAAACGUACUCCUUUUGAGAUAUACUUAGAGCCCCCAUGAAAAUAAAUUUCUUUCACAAAGAAGAGAUCAGUGUAGACAUUGUAAAAAUCCCAGGGGACAGAAAAUGGGAAAACAGGGUGGAAAUGAAGCUGCAGAAUAGCUUGUAUUAUACUAGCCACUCAUUAUUUUUCCUCACUUCAGAGAAACAGCUGUUAAGUUUCUGCCAACUGCCUGGCCAGCAACAGGUUGUUCAGAAUGCAGGUUUGGCUAUCUGCAGAGUUUCUCUGACUACAUAUGACUGCUUAAAGACUUAAACAUUGCUUUUUUCCCCUGCAAGUCCUGAGGAAAACAGGUGAUCUUUCAAGAGGCCCACUAAGACUUGAGCAUGAUUCUUAAUGUGGCCAUAACAAAAUCAUUUAUUAAGAGUUUAAGUUAAAUCAAGGGUUUUAAGAUCCUUAGGAACUGUCAUGCAUCAGCUCAAUUUCGAUGUCUAAUAAAGAUGGAGUAAGCAUGCAGAAGCCGUGGUGAUCAGAGUAACCAGAGUUGAUCUGUUCUUAGAGCAGUAUCCUUUUUCCUUCCUUCUCCUCCAGUUUCACUGUCACCCCAAUGGAAGGUAGUCCAUUCAAAGAAGUCCAUUCAAAGAAGUCCAUUCCACUCAAAGAAGUGAGCCACAUUUCUAUGUAAGUGAUCCUCCUUUCUGUGUUUUGAGGCUUUUAUGGGCCAGGGUUCAGCGUGCAGAGAAGGUAAGAUACAGAAAGCUGUUAGGUUGUUCUAAAUUCUUCUCAAAAUCCAAAGGGACUGUUUCAGCAGCCAGUAAUGCGCAGAGCUCUGUCUAUGCCUAUUUCCCCCCAGGAUACCUCAUAACAGAAGGCUGACUCUUCCCCACUUGAAGUGAUAAUCUGUCAGAGGAAAUCCAGCUGUGCCGAAGAAGAUGAAAUUGGCUAAAUAAUUAGGUCUUUGAUUUUCAUAUAUGGGUCCAGUUAAGUAUUCUCCUGGCUGACUACGGGACACUCAGAAUGGGAUAUACCCUAUAAGAAUUAUAACCUGCAGUUCAUGGUUGUUCUCAGUUCUAUGCCUGUUCUGUGUUUUGUGUGAAAGACUGAGGGAUUACAGGAAAUAAGUUGAAAGAAAAAGGAUUCGUGUCAGGAAUGAAAUCAUGGAAGCCGUGCUUUUGGUCUAAUGUUAUCUAGUGCACUGAAGUAUUUUUGACAGUUGUUUUUAGCUGGAUUAUCAUUUAUAAUCUACUGAACCAGAGCAUAAAUUUUGGACUGAAUUUUUAUGCAUAACAUGAUACACACACACACACACACUCAUGUGUAUGUAUAAUUAUCUCUAAUAGAAAACUAAUACCUGUUAAUAAACACUCAGAUAUUUUAUAGUGUCUUUUCUGAGGAUCAGAUAGCAGGACUGCACAGCAACGGUGUGAAAUGUCUUCUCCUUUCAACAUCAUGGAAAAUACUUUAUUAAGGUAUCUUUUAAUGUACUUUCUGUGUACCCAUAUUAAAGAAGCAAAUUAUAGUCUUUUGAAGGAAGUGUCUCAUUCUGUUCUAGAUUAAUCCCAUGGAAGUACAGAUUAAGUACAGUACUUCACAUACAGAUUGCGAACUAAGAUCCGUUAAUGUUAUAUAUAGCCCUAUUCCUGUUCAUUCUAAUGUUGAUUUGUGGACUGCCUUAUUUCUGGGAAUCAAAGGGCUGCAUUUGUACUGACUUAAGUGGGGAAGUAAGAAUGUGUAAAUUGAUGUGCAGAACGUGACAAGUUUAUUUCCAUUCACUACACAUCAAACUACGGCUUC